AUGGGCGAAACGAACCCUAUAGAUGGCAGUGGCCAUUUACGGCCUAUUGUCAUUGGGAACGUAGCAGGUGCGAUGGAGGAGGCUCCAGAUGCGAUGUAUCGUAUGGUCAAUGGUAGAAAGCAUCUCGACGCGAUAACUGGCGAUUGGGCGGCGGAGUUAAAUAUUGCCUGGAACGCAAUCCGGAAAUAUCAGGAUCCAACCAAGGGAUACGAGCCAGGUUUUCUCGAUCAGCUUGACGCUUCAAUUGAUACCAUUGUUUCGCGAGGCAUCAAGGUUGUCUCUAAUGCCGGGGUCUUGAAUGUCGUAGAAUGUGCAAAACAGACGAAAGAGAUUUGCUUGAAGCAUGGCUACGAUAACCUUGUCGUGGCAUAUGUGGAAGGAGACAAUAUCUCGGACAUUGUUACCGAUCGAGAAAAACUGAAAAGUAUAGGGGGGAUCAGACAUUUAGAUCAUCUAGACCAAAAUCUUGAAGAUUGGAAUAAACCAUACUGCGGGGUAGCAUAUUUUGGUUGUGGCGGCAUCGUGGAGGCACUGAGACAAGGUGCCGACAUCGUGAUAUGUGGACGAGUGACUGAUGCCAGCCCUGUUAUUGCGCUAGCAGCAUGGUGGCAUAACUGGAAGGUCGACGACUGGGAUGCUCUGGCUAAUGCACUUGUUGCGGGGCAUUUGAUUGAGUGUGGCCCUUAUGCUACAGGAGCGAAUUUUUCAGGGUUUAAGGCCUAUCUCGACGACUUUUACGACUUGGGUUUCCCCAUCGCAGAGAUUGAUGUUGACGGUUCAUCAGUGAUAACAAAACACGAUGAGGCCCGAGGUCAUGUCGAUGAGCUCAAUCUAAGAGCCCAGUUUCUCUAUGAAAUUCAAGGACAUAUCUACUUGAACCCAGAUGUAUCUGCGAAUAUUGAAAACGUUCGCAUCGAGAAUGUACCACAUAGCAAGAACCGCGUCCGGGUUUUAGGGGCGAAAGGAAGUCCACCUCCAUCUACCACAAAAGCUAUUGUAUGUUCUAUUGGCGGUUAUCAAGCCGAAGCAGUGUUCUAUAUCAACGGACUUGAUAUCGAUGCGAAAGAGCAACUUCUCCGCCGACAGUUGACAUACGCGUUCCGAAACUCUAACUUUUCAGAUUUGAGUAUUAUACGCUAUGGAUCCGCGACAGAGAAUCCAAGAAGUCAAGCGGCUGGAACUGUAAGUGUGCGGGUUUUGGCGAAAGCUGAAACAUUGGAUGAUAUUUCCUUUAAGAAGUUCCGGGAGCCGAUAUAUGCUCUUCGGAUGCAGCUAUACCCUGGCUAUCACAUGGGUCUUGACUUUAGAACGAUGGAUCCUAGAAUGUUUAUGCAAAUAUUUCCUGGAUUGAUUGAGAUGAAGAAUCUACCUCAUCGUGUUGUAUUAGGGGAGCGAAUUAUAAAUAUCGAACCUCAUAAAAUAACAGCACCUGCGCCACUGCAACGUCCCUCUUACGAAACCGCGAACCCUCAACUAUUACAGUCAUUUGGGCCAACCAGAAAAGAGCCAUUGGGAUCUAUUGUUCAUGCACGAUCAGGAGAUAAGGGAAACAAUGUGAACGUGGGGUUCUUUGUGCGCUCACCGGAGGAAUAUACAUGGCUACAGACGUUCCUUACCGUGUAUAGGAUUAAGCGCCUAUUUGGGGACGAUUGGAAUGACUCCUCAAGGAUUGAACGAUGUGAGUUCCCACAUAUUCUGGCAGUUCAUUUUCGUGUGCUGGAUUUCUUAGGAGGAGGUGGUGCAAGUUCUACCCGGAUUGACAGCUUGGGAAAAGGCGUUGCCGAGUACUUACGGAGCCGGGUGGUGGAUAUCCCAGAGAAAUUCUUACAGAACCCUAUAGCUUAA